UACAGGUUUAUUUGUUUACUUCAGUGAAAAUAGUGAAUUCUUAGUGUCUCCACGAACUAUUUAAUCCGUGAAAUAUUACACAAUUUUAAAUUCCACCAUGAUACUUCCACUCUUCAUUCCAAUCUCGUCCUCGUUCAAUGUCUCUCCCCAAUUUACGGCGUUUUCGAAACAACUCGUCGUCAACUCCAGCAUUCUCUGCAUAUUCAUCAGUUGUCUCUCAAUGAUGUCGAACUUCGCAGAAUACAUCGUCGCUGGAAUUGAUGGAACCAGCGGCGCAAGCCUGAUGUACUUAUUCUUCACUGGACUUGUAUUCUUCUCUUUCAUGAACAUCUUGGCAGUUUACAGAGACAGCCAAAUGAUACACUACUUCUCAUUUUUUCUUUGGUUUCUCAUUAUACUGUUCUGGUUUUCUAUGGUAGCUUUGUUAUAUUCUGAUCGAGCCAUGAUUCCAGACCUUUGUAUUAACCACAGAUGUCCUGAUUCUUUCUGGCUCAACGACUGGUACUGGAGGUCCUUCCCGAUGAGGAAUUCCUCUCUAAAUGUGACAACUUUCGGAGACUCAUACCUUGUGAACAACUCUACCUCCUCCUCGAGUAGACAGGAAGCGGACUUUUGGUACUCCCUUGGCUCACUUUUAAUCUGCUUCAGCUUCCUGCUCUAUCUGGCUCUGCUAGGCAGUCUUGUUUGGAACCAUUGCUCUGCUGUCUGUGCUGCUAGGAGAGCGGGCGGCCAGACUCCAGUAGGACCAGGGGGAUACUUGUAUGUCGUCGAACUUAGAAGGCGCAGUACAAUUGAUGAAAGUAAUAACCCCGCGACUUCUGCAGUACAGAAUUCGCAAAGGAAUCAAGACAACCAGACUGUGUCUCCAACUGGACAGAAUCAGCAAAAGAUUUCAGCAAACAAAAUUGACACACAAAAUGGUCCUAAAACUACUAUCGCUAUUAACAGUGGUUGA